GUGUGUGAGUCUGCAGUGCCUCUUGGUCAUUUGAAACGGCAGUCUUUUCCUCCUCUUGGACUGUAUGUGUGUGUGAGUGUGUGUGUGUGCAUGUGUGUGUCCGUCCCAGCUCUCCGUCCUCAGAGAGGAGGGAGUCUGACAGGCUGUUGGAGAUCAAAGAAGAGACAUUUCAUUUGGAUCAAGGACGGAGCUUGAACAGUGCUGUGGGGUUUUUGAAAAGAAGGAAAGACGCUGAGGAAAGAGUAGUGACCGUACAGGAACGGGGGAAACUAUCGUCCUGUGUCUUGUGAAACAGUAGACCAUACGUUUCUUCAGCGUUGAAUGCUUCCUAAAAAAAUUUUGGAGGUGUUGUAGAGCGCAACGGUUUCCUUUAAGAUUUCAGCACACUAUUUAAACGCUAUUUAAACAUUUGGUUGUGGUUAAGACAUCAUGGCUGUGCAACUGAUGCCCGAAUCUGCCGUCUGCUUGCUUAUGAUGACGGAAGGGCGGAGAUGUCAGGUCCAUCUCCUGGAUGACAGGAAAUUGGAGCUCCUAGUACAGCCCAAGCUAAUGGCAAAGGAUCUUCUAGACUUGGUGGCGUCCCAUUUUAACCUGAAGGAGAAGGAAUAUUUUGGAAUCUCUUAUGUAGAUGAAACGGGUCAUUUCAGCUGGUUGCAGUUAGAUCGUCGUGUUCUGGAGCAUGAGUUUCCUAAGAAAUCUGGACCCAUUGUGCUUUACUUCUGCGUUAGGUUCUACAUAGAAAGCAUCUCUUACCUUAAGGACAAUGCCACAAUAGAGUUGUUCUUUCUCAAUGCAAAGUCCUGCAUCUAUAAGGAGCUCAUAGAGGUGGACAGCGAGGUGGUGUUUGAACUGGCCUCCUUUACCUUACAGGAAGCUAAAGGAGACUUCACGAGUAAUGAUGCUACAAGGGCUGAUCUGAAGAAACUGCCAGCACUGCCUACACAAGCACUGAAGGAGCACCCUUCACUCGCAUACUGUGAGGACCGGGUCAUUGAGCACUAUAAGAAGCUAAGCGGACAGUCCAGAGGCCAGGCUAUCGUCAAUUAUAUGAGUAUAGUGGAGUCGUUACCCACAUAUGGAGUGCAUUAUUACGCUGUUAAGGAUAAGCAGGGAAUCCCGUGGUGGCUGGGUUUGAGUUAUAAAGGCAUUUUUCAAUAUGACUACCAGGACAAAGUCAAACCAAGAAAGGUGUUCCAAUGGAGACAGCUGGAGAACCUGUACUUCAGGGAGAAGAAGUUCUCAGUGGAAGUCCAUGACCCAAGAAGUAGGGCGUCGGUAACGCGGAGGACGUUUGGUCACAGUGGCAUCGCCGUGCACACCUGGUACGCCUGUCCCACCCUCAUCAAAUCCAUCUGGGCCAUGGCCAUCAGCCAACACCAGUUCUACCUGGACCGCAAACAGAGCAAAAGUAAGAUCCACGCAGCACGCAGUCUGAAUGAGAUAGCCAUAGACCUGACAGAAACAGGAACCCUCAAGACGUCCAAACUGGCCAACAUGGGCAGCAAAGGCAAAAUCAUCAGCGGCAGCAGCGGAAGCCUGUUGUCCUCAGGCUCUCAAGAGUCGGAUAGCUCCCAGACCGCUAAGAAGGACAUGUUGGCAGCUCUGAGGGCCAGACAGGAAGCUCUGGAGGAUACGUUGAGACAGAGAAUAGAGGAACUCAAGAGCAUCUGCAUCAGAGAAGCGGAGCUGACAGGAAAACUUCCGAAAGAGUACCCUCUCGACCACGGGGAGGAGCCGCCCACCGUCAGACGUAAAAUCGGCACUGCCUUCAAACUAGAUGAGCAGAAGCUCCUGCCCAAAGGAGAGGAAGAGGAAUUGGAGCGUUUGGAAAGGGAAUUUGCCAUCCAGUCUCAGAUAACAGAAGCGGCGCGGCGGUUAGCAUCUGAUCCUCACAUCAGCAGCAAAAAGCUGAAGAAACAGAGGAAGACGUCGUAUCUGAACGCUCUGAAGAAGCUGCAAGACAUCGAGAAUGGCAUCAACGAGCACCGCGUUCGCUCUGGGAAGAAACCCACACAGCGUGCUUCACUAAUCAUAGAGGAAGCAAAUAUUGGCUCAGAGGACAGUUCACUGUCUGACGCCCUGGUGCUGGAUGAUGAUGACCCCCAGGUGACAGGAACCCCCACGUUCUCUCCGGCUGCCUCCCCACACAAAGGUCUCCCUCCCCGACCCCCGUCCCACAGCCGACCGCCUCCCCCACAGUCCCUGGAUGGACUGAGACACCUGCACUACCAACGCAGUGACUACGACAAGUCCCCGAUCAAACCGCGCAUGUGGAGCGAAAGCUCAUUAGACGAACCCUAUGAACGGGUGAAGAAACGUUCCUCACACUCUAGCAGUAGUCACAGGCGGUUCCCCAGCACUGGCAGCUGUGAGGCAGGAGGGAGCAACUCUCUCCAGAACAGCCCUGUGCGCUCCCUCCCUCACUGGAACAGCCAGUCCAGCAUGCCCUCUACCCCUGACCUGAGAACACGGAGCUACGUCCACUCAGCCAGUCUAACUCAGCCAUUCCGUGGCCGGAGUUCCAGUUUAGAGUCUCAGGGGAAGCUGCUAUCCUUGGAUGUGGACACAGAGGCGGUACUUAGCCCUGACCUGUUUCUGUCAGGACCACAGAGGACAGGAAGCAAUGGCUCUGUUGUCCCUGACGACUGCUCAUCUUGCACCAGCCAUUCCAGUUCAGAACAUUACUACCCCUCAUCCAUCUCCAACCCUAACUACUGUACACUGGCUGAGGACUCGCCCUCCAAAGCCCGACAACGGCAGCGGCAGCGUCACAAGUCUGCCGGACACCUGGGUGCGUCCAGUUCUGGCAGUAUGCCCAACCUAGCGGCCCGCAACGGGAGCACCCACGGAGGGGUGUGCGGAAGCCAUCAGGGCGUGUACCUCCACAGCCAGAGCCAACCCUCCUCACAGUAUCGCAUCAAAGAGUACCCACUGUACACAGAGGGCAGCAGCCCCAGCGCCGUAGUUGUCCGCAGCCUUGAGAAUGACCAGGAGGGACACUACAGUGUCAAGGCACAGUUCAAGACCUCCAACUCAUACACAGCUGGGGGGCUUUAUAAGGAAGGGUGGGGCUCUGGGGAGGACGGGGAAGUGGGUGGUGGCAGCGGGAGGUUGACGCCCUCACGCUCACAGAUUGUGAGGACUCCGUCUCUAGGCAGGGAAGGAGGAGGAGGGGGACGGGCAGCGGUGUCAGAGGAGCUGCGCUGCUGGUACCAGCGCUCGUCUGGAUCGCUGAAGGAGCACAGCCGUGUCACGCACACCAGCUCCAAUGCUUCAGACGGCCGUGGAGGACGAAUAGGGACACUAGUGAAGGGGUCACCAGCUGCAUCUCCACACAGUCAGAGGAGUGGAACUCCCUGCAGUGACCCUGCAGCGACACCCCCCUGCAGCCCACAACACAUACUCAACUGGCAGAGCGGAUCGCCGUUCACCGAUAGUUGUUUCCUGAGCAGUCCCCUGUGCUCUGGGAUUGUGGACGUACAGUGGUACAGGCACGAGAAGGCAAAGCCGGGAACACUCGUCUAAACCGUCAUCCCUCAUCCCUCUCUCUUUAAAAGAGUAUUCAGAAGGCAGGCCUGACCUCAGUCUGGACUUCAACUCAUCUGAAAACACCUGAGGUGGAUGGAGUCAGUACCACCUCGCCCUCUCCUUCCUCUCUGUCUAUCUGUAUAUCCGGCGGUACAGUGCUUAUGAACUAUGGGAAUACAAGAGUCUGAAUGAACACAUCUUGACCUUGUCUGACCCUUCCACUCUUGACUUUUGAACUUUGACCCAGUUAGCUGGCAGCCGGUUCCUCUGUAUGCACAAACCCUCUGUGUUCAAUCCAUCGCUGGAUUGAUGUGCAUAAGAGAGACGUCUUAUGUGCGUUGUACUUUAAGUGAACCCCACUCAUGCCUACACAUGUUAAAAUAGACGUUCGUCCCAUGCUGUCGUGUGUGUCCCUCUGCACUGAUGUCAGAGAGCCGCUGUCAAUCUCUCUAAUGCACAUGACAUGCACAAAAAAAAAAUUCCAAUGGAUUGUUUUGCCGUUAACCACCUUUAUAGAACUUUAUGUUCUUUCUGUUAAAAAAAAAAAAAUGUUAUGUGACCACAAGCCCCUCCUUCAUACUACAGAACCCCUGCUAAUUGGACCGGAGUGCAUCAUAAGCCCCUCCCACUGUCUGUGAACUUUGAUAUUUUGUGAAUAACAAUAGAGCAUUUAAAAAAGGCAGGAGCCUUUCUUUGGUCGUUCUGGAUUGGAAGACGAGCCCCCAUAUCAUAUCGCUCAAGAUUAUGAGGUCACAAGUAUGUCAUUUCAAAGAAAUUCCAAACAUUGUGUUCUUCGUGCGUAAUGUUGAUUUGUCAUUUUUAAUUUCAUUGAUUCUGGUCCAGGAAGUUCAACCAUUUUUGCAGAACAUUAGCCAACUUAGAAGCCAUAGCUGUAAAAACAAAUCUGAAACGUUAGAGGUUAGCAUGACCCUCGGCUUUGAGUGACUGAUCUGUGAAGUACUGCAACUCAGGCUGCAACCGGCAAACUCGCCAACCAUGGUGCUCUGAGCUUGAUCUGCACAUCCCACAAUGCCCUGCUGUAUGCCCACACUGCAUGAACAGUCACAAACCCCCACGUAUAGGGUUGAGACAUCAGUGAAGUAACGAGACACACAAAAAACCUUCUCCAAACACUCCUGGCCUUAUUGGUUUUCUGUUUUUAUGUAUGUUUUUAAUUCAGGAUUUAUACUAUUCAACUGUAACAACACUAUGACGUUACGUUGGUAUUUAUAAAACCAUCAAAAGUCAGAUGAGCACAACCCAACGUGGCAGACCGACACAAUAUUUUUAGGAAAAUGACAUUACCUCCUCCCUGACCUGUUAAAGGCUUUCAGGAGAACAGCAUUCCAGAAUGUGAUGUGAUUAAAGCAGGUGCUUCAUUUUAAAAGCAGCCGGUGAGAAACCAUAAGCUCAGACAAUACAGGGUGUUUAAUGCUUUUAUCAUGCAGUCAACAAAACCGAAACCACGUGUGCCCCUCACCUCGAUCGUCUGACCGAGGAAACAUCAAGCCAUAAUGCUAAAACCGCAUUUGUUACACAUUCUGCAAAAUACGAAACAUUAUACACGCAAAGUACCUUAAGAAACAGGUAGCUAAAAGCACACCCCUGGCCGUUACAACUCAACAGAUCUGAAAAAAAGUCAUAGUUUGUGCAUUAACAUAAGCAGUCAUUACAAAUGUGUAUUUGAAAGGGUCCAAAUCACCAGACAUUAAAUCUAAAAGUCAUCCGAUUCAUGUUCCAUGCAAGUAAAAUUGAUUGUUCAUUAUUUUUGUGCAUGCUCAGCACACUGUGUUAUGCAUCUUGAUGUUAAAAUUAAAACCCGGUGUAAGAACAGCCCUAGAGGUCGCUCAGACCUCAUAUCCUCUUAGGCCAAUGUGAGCUCACUGAUCUCGUCUACCUGUACACUAUAACAAAAACAAAUCUUUUUAUAUUAAAAAAACAACAACUAACACGUUUAUCAAUAUUUAUUGGCAGGACUGUGCAAACUGGGUUCUUUUCAAAUAAAAUGUAAACGCAUUCGUUUAAUGAUUUUUAUAAAUCAGUAUUGGUUUUAUUUUUGGGGUCUUUAAGCUGGGAAAGAGCAACAACACGUUCAGGUGCUACAGGAAGACCAGUCACUAGCUGUAGACUUUUCCUAACUGUUGUCAAUAGUUUUAAUACAAGGACCUUAGUUACUAAACUAUCUUCACACUUCAUCUUGACAAUAAAGCAUGUUUCAUUUUCAGACAUAACCAGACAAAACAAAAUGGUGUUGUAGAAAAAACUAAAGUGGAAUUGUUGGGCGGGUUAAAUAUAAGCAAAUUCCACAGUUAAUUUAUUCUUUUUUUCUAUUAAGAAUUUGUAUAGUAACAUUUUUCAAAAAACGUGUUGUUGGCAACUGAUGCUGAAUUUUCCAGAUGGGAAAUGUGGUGGUUCUUGAGAUCCUGAAAUAAAUUAUUGCUGAAUGUUCUCUAAACCAAA